CUGACUUUCUCUUUUCCUUAGGCUGUGAUGGACCGGCGCACCACUCUGUAUAAUCACGCCGUCACCCAUUACCACAAGGCCAAGCUGGACCGGGCCGACUUGGCCCGCGAGCUGGAAGCCGUCAAGGUUGAAGCCGCCAAGGUCCCGCAGCUGGAGUCGGAUCUCCGAGCCGCUCGCGCCCAGUGCGCCGAGAGCGAGGAGGCGGGCCGAUCCGCCGCCGGCAAGCUCAAGCUGGCUGAGCAGGAGCUGACGCGGCUGCGCCUGCUGGAGCAGAACCACCUCACCGAGCUCAACUCCCUCAGGACGUUGGCUCGCUUUGGAUGGGACUCCGAGGGUGACUCGCCCAAGAGGUUUUUGGCUUUGAGAGCCGAUUUUGUUGGAAUCAGCUGGUUCUACGUUGCGGCUGUUCUGGAGAAUGAUGCUUGGUUACAGAGUCAUCAGUUUCAGCAUCCAAGCUGA